AUGUCUCAUACACUUCAAAGUAUCGCCCGCCCCCCCACUCCCUCCACACCACUCCACACCUCCCCCAUGACUCCCCUGCUCCUCCUCCGCCUCCUCUGCCUCCUCCCCCUCGCCACCGCAGCCGCGCUUCCGGCGGAUUUCGCCGCGCUCCUCGCCGCCAAGUCCAACCUCUCGGACCCCGCCUCCGUGCUCGCCGCCUGGGACACGCACCUCUCCCCGUCCCCGUGCCGCUGGCCGCACCUCCUCUGCUCCCCCGACCGCUCCGCCUCCGACGCCCCCGCCGUCGCCUCGCUCCUCCUCUCCAACCUCUCCCUCUCCGGGGCGUUCCCGCACCCGCUCUGCUCCUUGAGCUCUCUCGUACACCUCGACCUCUCCUACAACUCCCUGGCCGGGCCCCUGCCGGCCUGCCUCGCCGCGCUGCCGUCGCUCACGCGCCUCGACCUCUCCGGCAACGCAUUCUCCGGCGAGGUGCCGGGGGCCUACGGCGCCGGGUUCCCUUCCCUCUCCACGCUCAGCCUCGCGGGAAACGAGCUCUCCGGCACGUUCCCGGGGCUCCUGCUCAACGUCACCACGCUCGAGGAGCUCCUCCUCGCGUACAACCCCUUCGCGCCAUCGGCGCUGCCGCCGCAGUCCUUCUCCGGCCUCCCGCGCCUCCGCGUGCUCUGGCUCGCCGGGUGCGGCCUCGUCGGCGAGAUUCCGGUGUCGGUCGGGAGCCUGAAGAGCCUCGUCAACCUCGACCUCUCCACGAACAACCUCACCGGCGAGAUCCCGGCGGGCGUGGGGAGGUUGGAGAAAGUCGAGCAGAUCGAGCUCUACUCCAACCACCUCGACGGGAGGGUGCCGGAUGGGCUCGGGCAGCUCAGGCGGCUGCGGUUCUUCGACGCUUCCAUGAACCGGCUCACCGGCGAGGUACCGGCGGACCUAUUCCUCGCGCCCAGGCUGGAGAGCUUGCACCUGUACCAGAACGAGCUGUCCGGCCGCGUGCCGGCGACGCUGGCGCAGGUCCUGGCGCUGGCAGACCUCAGGCUCUUCAGUAACCGUCUCACCGGGGAGUUGCCGCCGGAGUUCGGAAAGAACAGCCCGCUCCAGUUCCUCGACUUGUCGGACAACCGGAUAUCCGGUCGGAUUCCGGCGGCGCUGUGCGGCGCCGGGAACCUGGAGCAGCUCCUGAUGCUGAACAACGAGCUGCUCGGCCCCAUUCCGGCGGAGCUCGGGCAAUGCCGGACGCUGACGCGCGUGCGGCUGGCGAACAACCAGCUGUCCGGCCCCGUGCCACCAGACAUGUGGGCCUUGCCGCACCUGUAUCUCCUGGAGCUCGCCGGGAACAAGCUGUCCGGCACCGUGGACCCGACCAUCGCCAUGGCGACGAACCUGUCGCAGCUGCUCAUUUCCGACAACCGCUUCACUGGCGCGCUGCCGGCGCAGAUCGGCACCCUGCCCGCUCUCUUCGAGCUGUCAGCGGCGAACAACAUGUUCUCCGGGCCGUUGCCGGCGUCGCUCGCCGAGGUUUCCACGCUUGGCCGUCUUGAUCUGAGGAACAACUCGCUGUCCGGCGAGCUGCCACAAGGUGUUCGACGGUGGCACAAGCUGACACAGCUGGAUCUCGCCGAUAACCGCCUCACCGGAACCAUCCCACCAGAGCUCGGUGAGCUGCCCGUGCUGAACUCGCUCGACCUGUCGAGCAACGAGCUCACCGGCGACGUGCCGGUGCAGCUGGAGAACCUCAAGCUGAGUCUGUUCAACCUGUCCAACAACCGGCUCACCGGCGCCUUACCUCCUCUGUUCGCCGGCUCCAUGUACAGGGACAGCUUCGCGGGCAACCCGGCUCUGUGCCGCGGCGCGUGUCCCCGCGGCCGCCAGUCCGGAUCCGGCCGGCGCGACCUCGUCGGCAGCGUCACCUCCAUCCUCGCUGUUGCAGGCGUCGUCCUGCUCCUCGGCGUCGCGUGGUUCUGCUACACGUACCGGAGCCAACGGAGUGGACACGCCGGGGAGCCCGGCGGCGGCGGCGGCGGCAGGCCCAGAUGGGCGCUGACGUCGUUCCACAAGGUGGAGUUCGACGAGGACGACAUCCUGGGCUGCCUCGACGAGGACAACGUGGUCGGCAUGGGCGCGGCGGGCAAGGUGUACAAGGCCGUCGUCGGGCGCGGCGGCGAGGACGCCGUCGUUGCCGUCAAGAAGCUGUGGGGCGGUGGGGGCAAGGCGGUCGACGGCGCUGCGAAGGACAGCUUCGACGCGGAGGUGGCGACGCUGGGCCGGAUCCGGCACAAGAACAUCGUGAAGCUGUGGUGCUGCUUCCGCAGCGGCGACUGCCGGCUGCUAGUGUACGAGUACAUGCCCAACGGCAGCCUCGGCGACCUCCUCCACGGCGGCAAGGGCGGGCUCCUGGACUGGCCGGCGCGGCACCGGAUCAUGGCCGACGCCGCGGAGGGCCUCGCGUACCUGCACCACGACUGCGCGCCGCCCAUCGUGCACCGCGACGUCAAGUCCAACAACAUCCUCCUCGACGCCGAGCUCGGCGCCAAGGUCGCCGACUUCGGCGUCGCCAGGGUCGUCGGCGACGGCCCCGCCGCCGUCACGGCCAUCGCCGGCUCAUGCGGCUACAUCGCUCCCGAGUACUCGUACACGCUGCGCAUGACGGAGAAGAGCGACGUGUACAGCUUCGGCGUGGUGAUGCUGGAGCUCGUCACCGGCAAGAGGCCCAUCGCGCCGGAGCUCGGGGACAAGGACCUGGUGCGGUGGGUGCACGGCGGCAUCGAGCGCGGCGGCGUGGACGCGGUGCUGGACCCGAGGCUCGCCGGCGAGUACAGGGAAGACAUGGUGAGGGCGCUCCACGUCGCGCUGCUCUGCACGUCCAGCCUCCCGAUCAACCGCCCGUCGAUGAGGUCCGUCGUGAAGCUGCUGCUCGAGGCCGCGCCAUCGCCGCCGGCGCCGCCAACCAAGGCGGCCGGGGAGAAACCUCUUUAUGAUGUCUGACGCUGUUUGGACACGGCCACGUUAGAUCAUGACUGAUGAUAAUCGAUAGCUUACUUACCAUCGUCCACAUUUGACAAUUUUUAGCUCUUAACCGUUACCACAUAAUCUAGCACUGUGCCUGCUUUAUGAACUGAUGAACUGAACUUGAAUCUCGGAUUGUUCAAGAUUCACGUCACAUUAUAGUAGUCCACUUUGGUGUC